AGCAGCAGCACAGGAUAGCAGCUGUCUACCUGACUGGAAUACCAGAGCCACUGGUCGUCUGGAUCAGCAUCAUCAUCUAAAACCACAGGAGGGUCAGGCUGUAAAGCCGUAGCGUCCGCGGUGGAGAUCUCUAAUUAUCCGGAAGCAGUCCCUGAUGGGACAGAAACCAGCCAAAACUGCAACAAAUCACACCAUUGACUGGAUGGCUGCCAUUCCUCAUAGAGGGACCUGAGGUAGAGGAGCCGGGAGAAGAGCUGUACAGGGUGAUUUUUCAACUGCUCCCUCUAUCUUUCCAUAUGUCCUUCACUGUCUUUUUCUGAGAGGAUCCUUAUCCUUUCUCUCUCUUCUUCUUUCUCUCAGUACGGGAACGUAGCUGGCGGAUAAGGGCAGGUUUGUGGCUCUCUGCUGCGUUAACAGGCAGCGCACAGAGACAGCUGGGAGCUGAGCGGACAGCUUGGGGAACCUGAGGAACGGGAUAACGCAUCGCAAACUACAGAUUUAUCCACCCGUCUACCUCCACCACCCACCCCUACUUUUCUCUCUGAAUCUCAAAGCUCCAGGGUUGUUUAUUCUUCUUGUUGCCAUCAAUGGAUUUUGGAUUUUUCUCCACUGGAGAAUAGCAAGCAACUGAGUGCUGGGAGUGGGCUUAGUUUUGCUCCAAAACAUAAAAGGAGAAUCCCUUGUGAGGGGGGAUGUUGUAGACAGCAGGGGUCUGAAGCGGGAGCAACGGCGCACCCAGGGCUGAUCUCUCUUCUCUCUGAUGGGAUGGACAGGUUUCUGUUUCUGGGGCUGGGUAGCUGACUCAGCUAAGGAGAGAGAACGACAGAUAACCCAGGAUCCUGUCUGCCUUGCCUGCUGAGAGGCGGGAAUGAGAACCACCCCUGCAAGUUUUUCUUAUCAGCAUCCAUAACCAAAACGCCCCAUCUUGGAAUAUUGACGGAGGGAAUGAGAAAGGGUGCAAAAUAGAGAGGUCUGGGUUUGAUCAGUGCCAACAGAGGAGUGUGCAGGUGCUGCGUCAAGGUGUCUUCACAGACGGAUUUGUAGUUUGUCCCUCACCGUCUCCUUUCUAUUCUAUUUGGAUUGUCCUUGGAGUUGGAAGUCUGGGUUGCUUUUGGACAGGACUCAAACUGGACUAAAGAUCAUUCCGCAUCUACAUCGGAUUUUUCCACCUCUUUUGUGCGUCUCUGAGUGUGUCUGAGUGUUUGUCUGUACGUAUCUGUGUAUGUAUGUGUUUGUGACCAUCUCAUUGUGUGUUUCUUUCUUGGUGUCCGGCGUUGUUGGCUGGCAUUCUGCCUCGUGCUUCCCAUGCGUGUCAUGCGCCUGGCCCCAAGGUUAACCCUUGCUAAGCCUUGUACAGGAUGAGCGAGAGCUCCGGAGCAGUCACAUCGGGGGUGGUGAUCCUGGAGGAGUGUCCAGAGGGUAGUGGGGAGCGAGAGCAGGUCCAAGCCCAAGAGCCAGGGCCCCUGCGCUUUGGAGGCUGCACCCUGUGGCCCCGCCAGCAGACAUGGCUAUGUGUGGUCCCUCUACUCAUAGGCUUCAUUGGCCUGGGACUAAGCCUGAUGCUGCUCAAAUGGAUUGUGGUGGGCUCUGUUAGGGACUACGUGCCCACAGACCUGGUGGACCCUAAGGGUAUAGGACAGGACCCCAUGUUUCCCCCCCAUCUCUCCAAGCCCAGCACCUUCCCCAAGAACUCAGACACUACCCCUACAACCACUACUACCAUGGCAAACCCCACCUCAACCACCGUCACGGCGGUGAGGGGCAGAACUCGAACUGUCGUCGCCCACCACCCCGGUGGCACCACUGCUACAGCCAGGGUGGGUGGUGCAUCAGGCAGCCAGGUUACGCCUCGCAGCACCACACAACGCCAGGGCAACUCUGGACCACGAGGCCCCCUUAUUACCACAACCACCGCUGCGCCAGUUGCCACCUCAAUUUUUACAACCUCCAGCCCCUCUCCUUUUAACCCCACCGUGCUGCAUGACUCCACACAAAUGUGGACGCAUGAGCACACCACGGAGAGGCCUGCCACCACCCCCACACGGACCCAUGUGAACCGAAAAACAUCAUCACCCACCAUUCCUCAAAUGCGCUCAGAGCAUUUCAAGCAAUGUCACGAGAAGGACCUGGCCUACUGCUUGAAUGAUGGAGAAUGCUUCGUCAUCGAGACGCUGAGUGGUCCACACAAACAUUGCAGGUGUAAAGAAGGCUACCAAGGUAUACGAUGCGACCAGUUCCUGCCCAAGACGGACUCCAUCUUAUCUGAUCCAACAGAACACUUGGGCAUUGAGUUUAUGGAGAGCAAGGAGGUGUACAAGAGACAAGUGCUGUCAAUCACCUGCAUCACCGUGGGGAUCAGCGUUCUGGGCAUUCUCUGUAUGGCUCUCUACUGUCGGAACAAGAGACGCAGGGAAAAACUCCAGGCCCACUUGAAAGAAAGUCGCAGCCUCAAAAACUACAACGGCAACGCCUCUGCUUUGGAGUCCAAAUCCAGCCUGGGGCCUAACACAGGCCUGCAGCUGCAGAAUUAUUGUAAGAGGUCCUCCAAGCCACAUGAGGGCGCUGUUUGCAAGUCCAGCUUUUCCCAGUGCAACACCACCCCUACCAACAACCCCAGAGGUCCAGACACAGGGAACCAUUACAGAAGCAGCUCCCUGUCUCACAGUCCAGACCAGAUAAGUAAAGCCACCCAUUGGUCAGUACCUCGUAGAACUCCGCCCAUACCCAGAGGAAGGCUAAAUCCAAUUGGAGGAUACAAACAUUCUGGCCCCGCCUACCAACACCUCCAGGAAUUGGAGUCAUCUGAGCGGGAGGUUGAAUCGUCGAAAGGGUACCAGAUUGUGAGGGCUGGGAGCGACCCGCAACAGGAUGCCUUUCUAAAUAUGCAACCCCCCAUGUUGGUCGAGCGGUCAUGGGAGAGCAGGGUGGAGGUGCGCUGCAGUCCUCUGGACCAGGGCCAGGACCAUAACAUCUCCACCUCCACCAGGACCCUCAGGCGCCCCAGACAUCCCAGCCGCUCAUCCCCUCCUCCAUUCCAGACCUGGUCCAUCCCCAUCAUCCCCUCGGUCCAGGGCCACCAGGAUGAGGUCUCCUGUUUGCAAACGGACACCACAGGCUCAGCCACCUGCAGCGCCACACCCAGUAUGGAAGUAGGAGGAGGGCGCUCCCUCAUCACGCUGCACCACACUUCCACCUGCUGCUCCUCCUCUACAGGGGGCCAGCAGCAGGAUGAGAUGGCCCUUAUCCUGGAGGAGGCCCAGGAGCAUCUCAGGGCUCUGGCCCACAGGAAGCAGGAAGAAAGCGGCAGCUCCUCCCCUUCACUGCCCAGAGAGACUGUGUGCUUCCUGACACUCAAUGGCGGAGGAGUGGGGAGUUUGAGUCCUAAUGGACCCAUUGAGACCCAGUUACUGAGCCCUAGAGAACCCCACACAAACUCAACCCAGCCCUGCCAAUGAGACAACAGUGUCUAGGCCCUAGCGUCCUGUCUGGAUCUACAGUAAAACAACCUUGGUGUCUUGAAAUCCAGACUGCAGAGAGUUCUUCAUCAAAGGGAUGAGAUGAAACUCAAUAGACAAAAAAAAUAUCAUGGAAAAAAAACAAUGUGCAUACUGUAUGGAAGAAUGAACAGAGGGAUGGUCUAUGAAGUUAUGAAGGGAGCAAUUAUGUAUAUGCAUUUAUUUAAUGCUUCUUUUUAGACAAAAUAAACCAAAUAGUCUGUCAUCUCCAUAGUGUUUUUAAUUGUAAAAAAAAAAUAAUAAUAAUAAUAAUAUAUAUAUAUAUAUAUGGAUAUAAAUAUAUGGAAUUUAAAAGGUGACCAAGUUCAGUUGAGGAAUACAGGAAUGAUGUACCUUUUUCCUUUUUUUGUAACAAUUCCUCCACAUUUUACAGGCUUGGAGCACAUUUGUAUGGACCCCAUGCACCCGUACCCCUCCAUUUUGCUUCAUGUUGUGAACCGAAGAUGCAGAUAAACAUGGCUGCCACAGCAACAGUGUCUACUCUAAAACAAUCUCUCAAAUACCAUUGUGAGUCUACCCAGCCAAGGAUUAUAACAGUCCCCCUUUGCCUUGGAUAUACCACAGUAGUAUGUUGAGGAACCAUUACAGAGUUAUAUAAAGAGACUUUCGCAGAUAAACUACUCCAGGUUGACCCAGUGGUGAUAAGUCACUGGCUUGGCACAGCAGGUUGAUAAGACAGACCUGAUAGUAACACGGUUGGGUAGUUUGGUGUCUUAUUCCUUUUUUGUAUGUGAGUGGAUUUCCUCCUCUGCUGACCAAGUCGUAUGUUUAGCAUGGGUGUUAUUUCCUCUUGUUUAACCCCAUACAACCCUGAGUACACACACAAACACAUUCCCUCACCACACAACAACAUGUACCGGUGUGUUGGGGGUACACAGCAGAGAUGGAGGGACCAAGGACAACAGGCCGGAGGAAGUGGAGGAGUUUCUGUGAUUUCUUUUCAGUUUGUUCGUGAUGAACAAUCAGCUGCUUUCUGGGGGAAGGGAAGACUGGAGAGGGGUGUUAAUAAAAAAUGUUUCUGUGCUACCUAUGGAUAGGGGACAUCAAUUUAUAUUUUACAUUUACAAUCAAAGGUUUAAAAAAGAAUAAUGAUGGAGAUUCUGCUGAAGCUGUUUUUUGUUUGAUUGUUUUCAAUGGUUCUGCCCACCCUACCCUCCCCAACCCUUGAAAUUGUGCAUGCAGAUAAUAUUUGUUUUCAGAUUAACACCAAUAUUCUGUAGUGAGUUGCUGAUUUAGCUCACGAUGCCUGGAAUUUCACAUUCAUAUCAAAUAUACCCUUAUCAAAUAGGUUUUUAAGCAGGCCAUUGGUGUCCAGGGCUUUGGUAGAUACAGGGGGUAGGGUUUCAUACUGCCAACAACCCAUACAGAGGUUUUUUAAAUGUUAUUUUAAAGUUAUAUUAUUGCUACUGAUAUCCCCAAUGAGGUCAAGCGAGACAUAGCAGUAAUAAUAACCAUUGGAGGUUUACAGAUAAAAGCGAGCGAUUUAUGUGUAGGGCAUAUCCACUUGAUGUUUAACAAGCUGAACGUAAAUCGUGCUGCAUGAUGUACUUCAAGCAUUGGCGACCAACAGUCACAUUUUGGUCAUCAGACAUCAAGUGGAAAUGUGCCAUUAUCUGUAAACCUCAAAAGCUCAUUACUUUACCUGCAACCACUUGCAAUCCAUUUUCAACGGUGGGUAUUGAAAUCAUACUUGCUCUCUUACAUCCGCCCUGCUGAAUGGGUUUUGCAAUUAUGAAAACUCAUUUUAAGUCUGGCAUCUCUCGUUUCCACUCUGAACAUCUGAACACUAGAUUACAUGUGCCAGUAAUUGAACACUUGUCUGCUACACUCCACUUACUUUCCGUUAACUUUAAUCAAAAAGGGCAAGCCAUAUGACCGCCUGUCUUGAAAUGAUUAAGAAACUCAUUGCCCUUUUCUGCAAAUGAGUCAAGACUAGGGUGAGCACAUCAGACUUUCUAUAUUAGAGUUCCUCACAUUUGAAGUUUCUCUCUAGACAUUUGUAUGUCUGUGAAUCUAUGUGUAUGCUUAUGCAUUUCUGUGUGUGUGUGUGUUUUUUUUUUAAAUCAGAGUGCUUAUUGGUGUGAGUGUGCAUGAGUUUGUGUGUGCAUGACUCCUUGCAUGCAUGAGUUAAUGUAGUGUAUACAUGGGCUCAUAGUGUAUGUCUAAGUAGGAGAUUUUGCUCAGCUGGACAGUGGACAGACAACAGUCGAGAGGUUAGGUAUUGAUGGCAGGGUUAGACCAUACAGGCCAGACAGAUAAGAAUCCAGCUUGAUCCACAAAGACCUCACUGCCAGGGAAAGCAACCCCAUCAGAGCGUGGCUGUGUGAGCUGCAUGCCUAUCAGAGACUGGGAGGCCAAAUACACUGUCUACUAUCCCCACAAAAUGCUAGAGCAGGUGCAAUCUCACAGUAGGACAAUUAUUGAUCACUGCUCAUUUCCAUUUGAAAAGGCCUGUGUUUCUUACUCUAAAGUUUAUUCAGUGCUGUGCAGUGAGGCAUAAGGAAAAGUUAAUCCCUUGUGAAGAUUCUGAGCCAGUGGAUGGUUAAACCUUUGUGUAAAGCUGAUCUGCCUUCAAAAAGAGUAUGACGGAGCAAGGAAAGAAACAAUCCACCACGGCUGUACUUUUACCUACUGUGUGUGUGCUUGCAUCUCAUUAGAUAAAGCAUGUAUGCGGGUGCAUGAGUGUGUGUACUGUACGUGAGUGUGCGUGUGCGCGCGUGUGUGUGCGUGUGUGUGUGCAUGAGUGUGAAAUGCAAUAGCAAUGUUCAUCAGGCUCUGUGUACCAAUGUAUUCAUUACUGGUGCUGGAAUUCAUCUUCAGUCACAGGAUGUUCUGAUUACUCAAGUAUUCAUUCAGAAAUGUCUAGGUCACACUUCAUAUUGAAUUCACUAUUGCACUCAAAUAUUAAGGUUUAAAGGUGUUCAAAAGGUAAAAUUGUUGCAAUAACCAAUCAACAAAACAGUGUUACAUACAUUCUAAUGAAAAUAACAAGGGAAGAGCUAUAUUUGAGAUAAGCAUGGAAUUAUAGCUAGAUGGAUUUCUAAUGUAAAAUCUCAGACCAGGUUUGAUCAUCUUGGUUUCAGCCAAGUGUCCCUCCAAUAAUAUUACAGAUAAUUGAACCGACAGCCUUUUCAUGGUUAUAAAUAUGUGACAAGUGGUUGUUACAUAGUUGUUAUACAAUGAUUGCAUACAAUUGACAUGCAGCAUCCGGAUAUAAAGUGUGAACUAAGGUUGUUUUGACCCCCUGGUGCUUCAAUAUGUGUGAAUUACCCAGUCAUUCUAUCACAGGCUGGUCAGACUACUAUAUGGUUUAGGCUAUACAUACAUUAUCCUUUAGCUUCAUAUCAUGUCACUGCAAAUGUUAAUGUUUGAAAUAAGAAUGGGUCUUGAAAUCCAAAUGUUUAACUCUAGAGAUGUUCCAUGCAAGUGUGUGUGUGUUACCUUAUAGAGUUUUCCCACAAAAUCCGGGCUAAUUUAAAACAUAUUCCAGUUGUGAUAUGAAAAACAGUCUGAUACCCCUAAAAAAUCAUAUAAUGGAUUUUUAUUUUCAGUUUUUGAAAUACUUUAUUUAUUUUUAAAUAAAAAUGAG